GCAGUCACUCACAAGGCGAACACUGAACCCGGCCGCCUGCAGGAGCCGCUUUAUAAAGAGCUAAAUUUACCAGAUUUUACGUUGUUUCCUGAGCUCACACAAUUGGUCAGGCGUGCUGCUGCCGCUGCACUUAUAAGUCGGGGACCCUCCUUCCACUGGUUAACUUUGUUCAUGUCUGUGGAGCGCAGCUGUGGAGAGGAGACAGUGACUGACGCGCAGCUGCCGCUCAACGCGCAACACCAACAAUAACUGUGUUAUUAUUGUUAUUAUUAUUAUUGUUGUUGUUAUAAUUCAUUUUGAACCAAACGAUGGCCUUAUCUGGAGUGAUGCUGCCGUCGUUUUCGACGUUCUCAAACCAAAGAGAAAAACCCUGGGAAAACAGGUGGAGAGAGGUGGACAAACUGGUCUCCAACAGCUGCUCCAUGCUUGAAAUGGUACAAAAUCUGGACAAUCACAGCAAAAAGGACGACGAGGAUCUGAGUAAUUUUUUGGAUCUGGAUUUUAUUCUCGCCAACACGACUGGCUCAGACAGCGGUGCGGAAUACGUGGGCACAGUAGAGAACAUGUACACCGGGGGAAACUCGGUGUCAUCCUACCCGGGAGACGACCACCGCUCCCCGCCGCCCCCUUACGGCGCCAGCCUCAUGGCCGAGCUCCUGCGCUCGGAAGGCACCAACGCGUACGGCGCAGCGCGCAAUCCCAGCGUCCAGGGGAGAUUUUACGUCAACUCCACGCCCUUUAUCCGCGCGGAAAACAUUAAAGUAGAGCCAUCCAUGGACAGUUACGGCCCCGUGGUGGGCAUGGUGCCACAGAGCUGCAGCAAAAUCAAGCAAGAAGGAAACGUUUCGUGCAUGAUGUCCUUCGACCAGCCCCGGGUGGCCAUCUCCCCGCGGGCAGCCAGCAACAUGACGCCGCCGCUCAGCCCCGACGAGCAAGGAUCCUCGGACUGCCAGGCGCAGCUGUGCCAGCCCAUGAACUUUUCACACAAGUUUCACACACAGGCGGCGUUCCCACACCACAACCAGGUCCCACAGCUGCAGAUGUCCUUUCACGCACCGCCACACACCGCCUACAUGUACGAAGAAGGUCUGAGCCUGCAGCCGGGCGCACAGAGGGUGAUGCUCACGCCGCCCUCAUCACCUCUGGACCUGAUGGAGGCCAAACCAAAGAGAGGGCGGCGCACAUGGCCGCGGAAGCGCACGGCGACGCACACCUGCAGCUUCGCCGGCUGCAGCAAAACCUACACCAAGAGCUCCCACCUGAAGGCACAUCUGCGGACUCACACCGGUGAGAAACCAUACCACUGCAGCUGGGAAGGUUGCGGCUGGAAAUUCGCCCGCUCCGACGAAUUGACCCGUCAUUUCCGAAAACACACCGGACACAGGCCUUUCCAGUGUCACCUGUGUGAACGCGCCUUCUCCAGGUCUGACCACCUGGCCCUGCACAUGAAGAGACACAUGUGAAGAGCCCCCACCCCCCGACCCCAACCCC